CUUUGCCUCAUCUCGCACUCAUGUUAGCUGCCACGGCCUGUCGCAUUCGAAUGUAUCAUGUUGCAGUGUAAUGGCUAGAAUUAGAAGGUUCUUGAGUUUACUACUGGCUGUUUCAAUAUCUGCAACGACAUACAUAAGUAUACUUAAAUGGCAGCCAAAUAAAAAAAUUGUUUGGAAUGAAAAACUACAAUCAUUGUACCAAGAUUUCCCUUUUUUUGAACCAAGACCAACUACAUUUGAAUCGAGGAAAAGGGAAUGGGAACAUUAUUCAGAUAUGUCAAAAAAUAAGACAAAGGCUAGACGACUUCCUGACGUGGUUGGUAUUGGAGUAAAGAAAUGCGGAACCGAUGCAGUGAUAUCAUUUUUACGUCAUCAUCCGUUCAUCAAGGUACCAGAUGACGUGGAAACUUUUUUCUUCAAUCAUAAAUAUAAUAAAGGACUGAAUUACUACAGGAGCCUCAUGCCCGAAGUUGCUGAACAUGAGCUGAUAAUGGAGAAAACUCCCGCAUAUUUUGAUUGUCCACCAGUUACCCUUCCUAACAGACUAUAUCGGGAUAUACCACACGCUAAAUUAAUUUUGGUUUUAUGUGAUCCUGUGAAGAGGAGCUUCUCGGAUUAUGCUCACGAGAGGGCGAGAUACGAGAUAUCCUCGAAAAACCGGGACGUGGCAGAAUUCGAAACGUUUGACUCGUAUUUGGAUUUUUAUCUCGACAGAGUGAACAGAUCCACAUCUCUAAACACCUCAACCACACUCUACAAUCAUAUGUCUAAUUAUUAUAAAGAUCACGCUGCUACGUUGUUAACAACAGGAUUUUAUUCAGUUUUUCUUCCUCGGUGGACUGAACUGUUCAACUCGUCACGUCUCAUGGUUAUCAGUGGGGAAGAUAUUUUGAACAAUCCCGGAUUGCAGAUGGAAAGAAUACAAGAUUUUCUUGGAAUACCGAAACUACUUCGUGAAGGUGACUUUGUCAAAAAUCCAUCAAAUGGAUUUUUCUGUGUCCGACCUUGGUGGAAGAACUACAACUUUACCGCUGAAACUAACUCUGUUGCCGGAUGGGAAGAAAAUCUUAGUUGUCUGUCGAAAACCAAAGGUAGAACCCGUCACAAAGACGGUGGGAUGGAUGCCAACAUAAAACAUGUAGCCAGGCUAAAGGCGCUUUUCGAGCCUUUCAAUGAAGAACUGUACCAGAUGACCGGUAUUGACUAUAACAUGAUGUAAACAUCAGAAGAUAUUUCUACCAAUUGCG